ACCCGCAAUCGGAGAUCCCCAUGACCACCUUGACGGUUCGAAACCUCGACGAGGCCGUGGUCGCCCGGCUGAAGCAAAGGGCACGCGAACACGGACGAUCGCUGGAAAGCGAAGUGCGCGACCUUCUCGCCCAUUACGCGAACAAGCCGACGCCGGCGGAAAUGAAGCGAUCGCAGCCGGUGACUUGGGUGGUGGAUGCCAGUGUCGCGAUCAAGUGGUUCAUCGCGGAGCCGGGCCACGAGACCGCCCUGGCCGUGAUGGAGCGCGGAGCUCUGGCAGCGCCCGAGCUUCUGCUGGCCGAGGUAACGAACGUCGCCGCGAAGAAGGCGCGCCGCGGCGAGAUUGCCGCCGAGACCGCCCGCGCCAUCGACAAGGCGCUCGGCUCGCGGUUCGUCGACCUCUACCCGCUAGAGCCGCUCAGCGGCGGCGCUCUCGACCUCGCGCUGGCGCUGGAGCACCACCUCUACGACUGUCUUUACCUGACCUUGGCGCAACGGCUAUCGACUGCCUUCCUUACCUUCGAUGCCAAGUUUCACGCGAAGGCAGAGGCCCUGGGGCUGGGCGCGCAUGUCGAAUUGCUGUCGACAAGCCAGUUCGCGCUUUCCGAGCCAGACAUUGCGGAGAUCCUAAGGCUUGAAGAGACCAUAAAGCGCACGCAAGACAUCCUCAGGGACAGUGACCCGAAAGGCACCGCCCGGCCGACACCUACAAGCGACUUCACGAUCAAGGCGGACAGGAAGUCGCCGUCCCGGUGCGCCUUGCGCAAGCUCCUGCGGACUUGGCCGCCGCAGAAAAUCACCGACUUCAUUGCCAUUUGCUCGAUCGGCGCGGAGACCCCGGCGUCGUUCGGGACAGCCGACGCGCGCGACCUGGAGGGCGCUCGACACAGGGCGCGACGCCUCGCGGAAGACUGGCCCGGCGGGACCAACUUCUCCUUCCUGCGCGCCGGCUCUCACCCCGAGGAGCUGGUGACCGCGGCCAAGACGCUGGGUCUGGCGGCGCUGGGGGUGGCCGACCACAACUCCCUGGCCGGGGUCGUGCGCGCCCACGCCGCGGCCCGCGAGGCGGGCCUGCGGCUGCUGGUGGGUGCGCGCCUGGCGCCGGCCGCCGACGCCGCCCCGCCCUGGCCGGAGCUGAUCUGCUACCCCAGGGACCGCGCCGCCUACGGCCGCCUGUGCAAGCUGCUGACCCGGGGCAAGCGCCGCACCACCAAGGGGGCCUGCGACCUGGGCUUUGACGAGAUCCUGGCGGCGCUGCCGGGCCAGGUCUGCAUCGUGCUGCCGCCCGAGCCGCCCGCGCCGGCAUCCGGGGGGGAGUUGGGGGCGGAGUUGGAAGCCGACUUCGCCGCCCGGCUCCGCGCCCUGGCCCGGGCCGCGCCGGGCGACGUCUACCUGGGCGCGAGCUGGCGCCACCGCGGCGACGACGCCCGGCGCCUGACGCGCCUGGCCGGGCUGGCCGAGACCUGCGGCACGCCGCUGGUGGCGGUCGGCGACGUGCGGCUGCACCAUCCGGCCCGCAAGCCGCUGCUCGACACGCUGACCUGCAUCCGCACGGGGGUGACGAUCGACGCCGCCGGCUGGCGGCUGGAGGCCAACGCCGAGCGCCACCUCAAGGGCCCGGCCGAGAUGGCGCGGCUGUUCGCCGCCUGGCCCGAGGCCCUGGCGCGCAGCACGGAGAUCGUCGGCAAGUGCCGCUUCUGCCUGGACGAGCUGCGCUACGACUACCCGAUCGAGCCGAGCCAGGCCGGGCGCACGCCGCAGCAGGAGCUGGAGCAUCUGGUCCGCCAGGGCGCGGCCGAGCGCUACCCGCCCGCGCUCCACCCGGCGGGCGUGCCGGCGCGGGUGCAGGCCGCGCUCGACCACGAGCUCGCCCUGAUCGCCGAGCUGGACUACGCCGCCUACUUCCUGACGGUGCACGACCUGGUGCGCUUCGCGCGCGAACGGGGCAUCCUCUGCCAGGGCCGCGGCUCGGCGGCCAACUCGGCGGUCUGCUACUGCCUGGGCAUCACCGCCGUCGACCCGGCCGAAAGCGAGCUGCUGUUCGAGCGCUUCAUCUCGGCCGAGCGCGGCGAACCCCCCGACAUCGACGUCGACUUCGAGCACGCGCGGCGCGAGGAGGUGAUCCAGCACAUCUACGCCAAGUACGGCCGCGACCACGCCGGCCUGGCCGCCACGGUGAUCUGCUACCGCAGCCGCGGCGCCCUGCGCGAGGUGGGCAAGGCCCUCGGCCUGUCGGAGGACCUGAUCGGCGCGCUGGCCGGGCAGAUCUGGGGCUGGUCCAGCGAGGGCGUGGAGGCGGCGCAGGUGCGCGCCCUGGGCCUCGACCCGGAGGAGCCGCGCCUGGCCCUGGUGCUGGCCCUGACCCGCGAGCUGAUCGGCUUUCCCCGCCACCUCUCCCAGCACGGCUUCGCCCUGCUGCAGCGGCACUAUGGGCGGAUGCUCGACCUGGCCAGCGUGCCGCCCGACGACCCGGCCGUCUACGAUAUGCUCUGCGCGGCCGACUCGCUGGGCGUCUUCCAGGUCGAAUCCCGCGCCCAGAUGACCAUGCUGCCGCGCCUCAGGCCGCGCUGCUUCUACGACCUGGUGAUCGAGGUGGCGAUC